AUGUCCAGCUACGUGGGUAUCUGCGUAGGCCUCGCGAGAUAUGGCAUUUGCGCUGCCGUAUUCUACUUUCUCUAUCUUUACAUUUACCGCAUUCUACUUCAUCCGCUGAGAAAACACCCCGGACCCAUCCUCGCGAAGCUAUCUGACGCCUAUGCUGGAUACUUCGUUUUGCUACAGAGACUGCACCUCGCUACGCGGGAGAAUCAUCUCAAGUACGGUGUGUACAUGUCAAGCCCGCUUCAUGGUAACGAAGCUCACUUAUCAUCACAGGCCCCAAUAGUCAGGCACGGCCCGGAGAGACUUGUGUUCAAUUCAGUCCCGGCCUUACAAGGUGAAUCCAUCCCCAAGAUUACCACCCACGGUCGUUUCGCUAAUCUUGAAGACAUCUACUUGAACGAUCGGGUGGGAAAGUCGUUCGUUUAUGACCUGACCAGGCAAGCUAAUGGCACAGUCAAUAUCUUCAAUGCCAUCGACAAGAACGUCCACCGCCGCAAGCGGCGAUUCGACGACAACAUUCGUGGGCCACAUAUGUUGACGGGUCUCGAGCCCUUUGGGCUUUGCGAUCUCAUGUCUAGGGGGUUCGAGGUCGACAAUGGUACUUUACAGGAUCCUCGUGCCUUGAUACUGUUGUCGGCACUGGUUGCAGAGCAGGAAGCCAGCACUGCUAGCCAAGGGGGACCGCGACGCACGGCACAUGUAGCCACUACUCCCUGGCUGAAAGUUCUUCAAUUCAGCGUCGGAGCGGCCCUCGUGUCUGAAGUUGACGCAGGCUCGCUACGAGCGGCAGUUUUACGUCUUUUACGGAAAAGGGUUUCGAAACUCGUCUUGAUUCCCCUGGACCAUGUUGAUGGCCACAAGGCGCUGGCGCAAUUGGGUAUGGACAGCAUGCUCGCGGCCGACUUCGGAGCCUGGUUUUGGAAUACUUUCAAGGUGGACGUACCAUUCCUGGACCUUUUGAGCACAACGAUGAGUCUUGAAGAUCUGUCUGUUCUCGUGGAGAAGAAACUCACCGAUGUCCAAGAAGGUUAA